GAGAGGGACAUGGCAGAGAGAGGGACAUGGCACCGAACAUUGGCCGCUCACCCUGGACAGGGAUGUGACUUCCUAUAGUUCUAAGGCUGCUUUCACACUAGGAGGUUCUCCCGUUAAUACACGUUCUGCAUCCGAUCCUGGUGCAUGUAAAGGGGUCUUGAAGUGUGGGUGUGGGAUCUCUUAACUCCCACGCGUUUUAUGGAAGAAUUACCAUCACUAAUAUGGGGAUUGGAUCCAGUGUUCUUAGCAUUUGCCAAGUUGUACAUUAGAGACAUUUUAGAACUAAAAGAGUCUAAUCAAGUACCCGGAAUCUUUUUCUACAAUGGUCAUCCCAUCAAACAAGUGGAUAUUUUAGGAACUGUUGUCAGUGUCAGAGAGAAGGAAGCGUUCUACAGCUAUGGAGUGGACGACAGCUCCGGGGUGAUUAAUUGUACAUGCUGGAAAUCCUCUGGGCCAAAAUGUCUGUCUUCUUCAGUGGAUCAGAAAAGUACAUCAAAAGCAAAGGAUCUCGAUGGAUUUAUGCAAGAGCUGUACCGACAGGAGAGCAGACAGGCCAAGAUGGAAAUUGGGGAGGUCAUCAGAGUCCGGGGUUACAUCAAGGUCUUUAGGAAUCAGAGGGAGGUGGUCGCCUCGGUGUUCUAUAAAGUGGAAGACCCCACACUGGAUGUACAGAUCAGCCAGAUGCUGGAUCUCCCGCACCUUUACAGAAAUGUCUAUGACAAGCCCUUUAUUAUCCCAGAUCACCUGAGGGAUCCAUCCCAUGGAAUCUCACAUGAUGCUGUGUUGUCACAUUCUGGCCUCAUUUUACAGCUGAGUGAAAAAAUAAAGGAGUUUCUGGAUGAAAACCAAAUCUGCAAUUUUUACCAAGGUGAACUGGAAAGUGUGCCAAUCCUACUGUCCACUGCCACCAAACCAAGCCAUAAUACUGAGGCGGGGGAAGGCUCAAGUGUCACAUCUAGAGAAAUUCAUAAUGUAUUUAAAGACGCCAUACAGUUACUUCGGGAAAAAGGCAUUGUCUACCUAAAGGGGCACAAGACAGGUGUUUAUCAGGUGACUGAUCAGGACAAGGAGUUACAUAAAUUAGCUCUGAACAUCAUCCAGGAGGAUUGCCGGAGGCAGAGACAUGCGGAUAAAGGAUGCCACCUCCUCCACAUCCUGAACUGUGUGCAACUAACAUUAGGUUCCAGCAUCAAUGAGACUAUACUGCAGCGGGUCAUUGAUACUCUCGAAAGGAACAGCGACAUCAUUAGCACCAUGGAAAAGUAUUACACAUCCUUCUGAUGAAGAUCACUGGAGAAGAUGUAAUGUCUUUUGCAGUUUUUGCUUUGUUUUCUUAAAGGGGUACUCCGGUGGAAAACUUUAUAUUUUUUUUUUUAUAGCAACUGGU